AUGCAUAGUGUUCAGCGACACUUUGGCAAGUACAUGAGGAGGAGUGCAGAUGAGCAACAGGUUUCGGUUCUACUUAAAGACUUCGAAGAGGCGGACCGUCUGCUGUCCAAGAUAAUUGAAUCCUCCAAGCAAUGGCGAGAAGCGUGGAUUGCCAUUCUCACCCACCAGCACCGAAUGUUCGAGGAGUUCGAGCUCCUUUACGCCCCGAUUAUUGGAGCCAGUGAAGACUAUCAAGGCCAUGUUGCAGUGCUCACACCGGAGCAUCUCAUCGGAAGAACCAGCCGGAUCAGGGUGGAAUCUUCGGAUUUGAAGAGAGAUUUGACAGAAGAUCUUGCCCAGGUCGAGGAUAAGUUGAUCCAGCCCGCUCAAAGUGCCAAAGACAGUCUUCACACGAUGAGAAAAACGAUCAAGAAGCGAGAAGACCGGAAGCUGGACUACGAAAGAUAUCAGAAUAGGGUCGAUACGGCUCAAAAGAAGGCAAAGCGUUCCGAGAGAGAGAAUGCAGCACUCGCAAAGUCCCAGUCCGAUCUUGCUUCUGCAACAGAAGCAUACGCUGCCGCGGAUGAGAACCUCAGACACUGUCUACCUCGUCUACUCCAAUCGGUCUUUUCCCUGCUACCAUAUUUCCUGGCCACUCUCAUCAACAUCCAGAACGGUUUACUUGGACAUUAUUACACGUUGCUGCACGCCUACUGCACGGAAGAGGGAUUUCCUUCUCCGAGUCCGCCCAUGGAUGAAGUCAUCAGGCUGUGGGACGAUGCUUUCAAGCCUGUACAACGAGAAAUCGAAUCUUUUGCCCUUCUAGCCAACGGCAAAGCCAUCAGAGCCCCCAUGUCUCAAGAGAAUGGCCACGCGCCUGCCAAUGGUUACCGUCGGCCCAGCGCAAAUUCAUCCUUUGCCCGUGGACAGUCUGUCUCACCUGCCAGAGCACUUCCACCUUCUCCAUCCUUUGACAUCAAGCCAAAGGUUUCUUCCUCUCCUGCGCCAUCGACGUUGCUGAGCCCCAUAACUCCCGUUGACGCUACACCCUCGCCUUCGCAUUCAGUUUAUCAGACGCCAAUGUCGUAUUCCCCGGCUGGACCUCACACGGACUAUUUCUCCAGAGAGCGUCAGCCGUCGACAACGUCUGUCACCUCUGCGGCUUCUGUCGCACAGAAGAAACGCCCUCCACCGCCUCCCCCACCACGGACACCUUCGCAGCACGCGAUUUUCGUGACCGCAUUGUACGAUUUUGACGGACAAAGUGAAGGCGACCUCGCUUUUCGGGAAGGAGAUCGAAUCAGGGUUUUGAAGAAGACAGAAAGUACAGACGAGUGGUGGCAAGGAGAGCUUCGAGGUGUCCAAGGGCCUUUUCCCGCCAACUACUGCCAGUGA